CCUUCAUCCCGUGACAUACGCAAUACUCUGCGUCCUGAUCCGCGGCAGGGAAAGAACGAAGGCAAGGAGGAACGAGAGAAGGGAUAACGAAACUCGCGAAACGCCGAAAACGAUGAAUGGACGUGUACGCCACUGUGCCUUACAAUGAACACGAGGCUAAUUACUGGCUGUAAUACGAGACAAAUUACACGUUCCGUGACUCUCAAGAAUGACUUAAUACACAGUCAUAGGAAUCCUGUGGAUAAUCGGGAUAUCAUUCUCCAGAAGAUAGAAUCCGGUAUAUAGUGGGGACUAUGGCGGCCGCUGGAUGUAAACAGACAUUGAAACACGAAAAGAAAAUGACGAAUUAUUUCCUUACUUAAAACCAAAGUCGAAUGAUAUAAACUGACUGUUACGCGGAGCGGAGUUGUCAUUGGUCCAGAUUCAGUAUAUGAAGUGUGACAGUCUGACCAUCCAGAAAUAGAUAUAAAACAAUAACAAUAAUAAAUACAGAGGACUCGUUGAAUAGUAUCUGAAGAAUGUUGUACAUCGAAGUAAUCGUGUGAUGAUCCAAAGGAUACUUACAACCCUUUCUUCUUCCCAUAAGGAUCCCUUACGUGUCUCGUAAAGAGUGGCAAGAUCUUCCCGAGUGUCUACAGUCUAUGGGAUGUUUCUUAUAUACGACACAUCAAGUAAAAGUGGAUUCUAAGCGUAAAGUGUUCUCGUGUCCUGCCAUGACGUUACUAACACUAUCCACAGUAUCCUUUUCAAGGGAUCGCAGGUCUAGCCGUUGUGUCGCCCCAUUAAUGUCCUAUUCAAGAUCAUCCACUGUCCUUACAGCAGCUCAAUCGAAAGCCUUUUUUUCGAGAACGUGAGACGCGAAAGAUGGCUGACUCUCGAUAUUUUACAACGUACCAUUUGCUGCUUUCCCUCCCUUUUCAAACUGUCUCUCUAACCACUCAUUUCGUUGGUCCGUUUCAACGAUUUAAUAACCAUUGACAAUUACGGCCGCCAUCGUCACAUAACACAAUCUUCAUACUAAUAUAUAAUACGCGACUGACUGAUUAACUCUAUUACUAAAAGAAAAAUAAAGAGUGGGUUCUCUGAUUAUGGCUACUCGUCGAAAUGUGCGAUAAGCUUUCCCUCAUCUUUUUCAAAGACGAUUUUCUUCCAUGUGUUCGACUUCCAACGGAAUUAUUUGAGAAAUUCGAUUUUCGGGACUAACGAGUCUGGUAGACGGAUGCGUCUAUACGGAAAAGGAUAGAUAAAUAAAUAAGACGAUAGCAGACUGUGACACUGAGUGGAAAUAUCGUGGGGGAGAACAUAAAAAGGAGGAAGAGUACAAGAAUCUAAAGCCUAAAGAAGGUUUAGAUACGAAAUAGGGGAGAAAAAAGAAAUAGGGAUGGGAUCUCGUGUAAAUAUUGCCAAGGGUUGUAAACACACGCAACGAUAUAAUAACAAUACGUGUGUCUCAUAGUAUAUAUACCUUAUAAUGUAACGAACGCUUCGCCGAAUCGAAAUAAAUAUAUCGACGAUUAUCGUAUACGUAUAAUAACUUACGUAUCCACGCACGCGCUUACGUUUUGUAAAUACACGUAUCUUCGAGGUGUAACUAAUAUAAUUGGUUAUAAAGAAAGUCAAUUGCAAUGGUGUUGCAAGAAGUGUUAUUUUUACGCGUGUUGCAUCCUUUUCCCGUAAGGAUCGCAUCGAUACUACUCGUGUACAACAAUCGAAGACUGACAAUGAGGCGUGCAAUUCAGCAUUUCCAACGACAUAUUGCUUAUCCACCAUAAGUUGAAGGAAGGUGAUGGCCCGUACCGUGCGACCGCGACGAAAAAUGGCAAAUACGAGCGACGCUCCCUCGUCCGCGAGCAGCCUCCUGUCCAGUACGUCAUCGUCUAACGGUCCAUUCUCAUCUUCGACAACGUCCUCGACGACCUACAACAGCGACGGAUACGGUUAUAGUAAUUACAGCGGGUAUUUAUUUGGCGAUUUGAAUUACACGGAGCUCUGGGUGGACGUUUGGAACAGUACUGAAGUGAGUAACGUCACCGAGAGGUUGAACUCAACGAUUGCGCCACCAGGAGGUUACUGCGACGAGUGGGAAUCUGCCCAGCACAAGCUCUUCCAGGCAGCAAAUUUAUUCUUCGCGGCCGCCUUCAUAGUACCGAGAUCCUUCAAGGCUUCCGUGUUGGCAUUGCGCACCUUCCUCACGGCAGGCUUCAUGUUGGCAGCCUUGUGGGCUGGUAUCACUAUCUGUGCCCUGGAUGCGAUGCUCUGGUGCCUGGCCCUGGGACUCCUCAACGGCAUCCACUCUUUGAUAUUAGCCUGUAGAUUCUUACCACCAGCGCUCAGUCCUGAGUUAGCUGAACUCUAUUUGAAACUCUUCAAGCCCUAUAGGGUCAGCAAGAAGCACUUUCAGGAACUGGCUAAGGAAGCUAGGAUACUGAAGCUUGAUCCUGGUCAGACUUAUGCUACUGAAGGGGUCACGCCGGCUGACGAGAGACUCUCUAUACUUUUACGUGGAAAGCUGAAGGUGACUUGCGACGGCACUCACUUGCACUACGUGAGAGCUUAUCAGUUUGUAGAUUCGCCCGAGUGGGAGGCGACCCACGAGAACAUCGAUGAUGUAUUCCAGGUGACGGUACGCGCCGAAGAAUCCAGCACGUAUAUAUGCUGGACAAGACUGAAGUUGCUGAGGGUCCUCAGGCACAGGCCUCUGCUCAAGGUCGUCCUUAAUACUCUCAUUGGUAAGGACAUUACUUCCAAAUUGUACGCGCUCAACGAGCAGCUGGCCGGCGUGGCAGCAGCCAGUGAGAACGCUUCUGCAAAUCCUUAUAAAGGGGUCGCUAGAAGUCUCAGCGUGGAUGCUGUCAAUACCGAAGCUGCCGGGAGGGUACGUUCCAGUACGUGGAAGGCACAGAGGAGACACAGUAAUUCUCGUAGUGACAGAAGCUCACCGGCGCGAUACUCUCAUCAGUACUGGGCGCCAGUAGUGGCCAAUCACUUUCCGCCUACGUCACCGUUCACUCCGGCACCAAAUCUCGGAUAUACCUUGCUGCCGCAAGCUAGUCAGUUCUCACCGCCGCCACGUGUACCAGCGGUAGUAUCGCAUUCGCCGUUGACCCGACAACGUAGCGGAGGAACGGCAGGAGAUUACACGCUGCUACCCCAAACGCCGAAGCUCGAACGGAAACGUUCGAAAAAAGGAAAUCGAGAAGUCACGUUCGAGACACCCGUAUGACGCUCGCUCGACGGGGAAGGCCCUGCAAGUGUACCCUUACUAUCAUUAUCGCCACAGCGUACCGCCUAGCCCCGUCGUAACGUCGAGACACUUAAGAACACCGCGAAAUUCAUCCUUUGACCUUUGACCUCAAACGAAGACACAGUCAACAUGAAAAAGUGCCCAGUACUAUUUGUCAGUCGGGUGCCAUUUGCAAUUCUGGAACUAAUAAGAGAAGAUCUAGUCGGCAAACUCCAUACUCUAGGAAGUGAUAAAGGCAAUGGACGCAUCAAAUAUGAUAGUAAUUACUGACUUAUUAAAAUGAAAAAGAAAAGGAAAAAUGAAGAAAGCCAGUUCAUGGAUGAAGAAAAAAUGUGUCGUGCAAGAUAUAAGAAAAAAAUUGAUAUACGUACUAGUGGACGCGAGAUCAAAGUGUAUCAAUUAGAAUAUUCCAUAACACCAGAGCGAUACGUAUACGCGUGACAUUUUAUAAUAAUAAAAAAAAGAGACUCAUAAGAACGUAAUGAACUCAAUCAAAUUCAAAUUCGGCGCCACAAUAUUCGUAUGCCGAACAACGGACAAACUUGCGUCCGGUGGACUUUUAUAUCAGUCUCAUAAGCAAAUGUAAAAGUUUAUCGGUGAAAUAUUGAUAAGAACGAUAAACUAAGAGCGAUGUGUUUUUUGCCUAUUUCUUUUUGUAUUUCACACGACGUUUCGUACUCGUUUAUUACUAAUUUAUUCUAUCGUUCUGAUCAUCGUCUCUGUCGCUAACAAUGACGGACGUAACAACGAGACUGUCAUAGCCUGUAUGCAGAGUUAUCAUUCAUGUGGUGAUAACUAUCCGUACCUUGAGAACUGUUAUUUUACCGACGAUAAGGUAAUGGACAAUGUCAGUGCUUAAGGAUGCUUGAUCGUAGGUUACAUUUAGUAGUAAUUAACACGCACCACCGAUUAUACGGUGCCGGAUGAUGAAUUAAGGUGAAACUUCUAAUACAAUGUUUAAAUAAGGAAACGUGUCUAAAAAAAGUCCCGUAGGGUGAAAUAAAUUGAAAAAAAAAAGAAAAACAGAAAAAAUACACACAGCGAGAGAACGAAGAUCUUCCUUUUGUCUUUUGGGAAUUCCAAGGGACGAAUAUAAAGAAAAAUGAAAAGAAAUUCCAAACGAGAUAGGUUUCCGUUAUUCGUGAAUCUGUGCAUGAACUACUCUGUGAACUGAUGAGACGAGAAUCGCUUUGAAGGUAUCUAUAUUUUUGUCGUUUAUAUACAAUGGUGAACAGAGUAGAAAGGGGAGAGAUAAAUAAAGAAUUAAAUAAAGACACGUACGAUUAAAAUUAAAAAAAAAAACAAUGAUAUAAAACAUGGAUAUGAAGACUGCGUCGUAGUAAGAACAAAGAAAACAAAAUGAAUAAAACUGUUCAGACUCCUUAAGAGAUCGUUAUCAUCAUCAUCAUCAAUAUAAAAAAGGGUUAAACGAUGAGGAGGAAGAGGAAUGGCAGAACGGGGGGAAGAUAAUUAAUCGAACACCACGAAAAACAAUCCUUUUUUUUUUAUCUUCGUCAUCUCUGAUACGAAUUUCGAAUUUCAAGCUUUAUAGGGUGUUUUUGUGCUCAAAGGCUUCGUAAGGACUUUUCUACCAGUUCGAAAAUACUACACUACACAUAUCUCCAUUGAUAAAUACUGUUACGUGAUGUGGGACUGCGUGAUUCUGGCAGAUAAACGGAGAAAGAGAACAUCAAAUAUAUAUAUAUAUACAAUACACAUACCACGUUAAUCGUUACGGCUGCGAUACGGUUCGCGUCUCCGGAAAAUUUGCAGUCCCGUUUUUUUGGUUUCUUUCGUGAAAACAACAAAGCGGGAAAGUGUUAUCAUGCGCUUAAUAUAGUGAACAGAGGCUCGUCUUGUGUGCGUAUAACAAAAAAAAAAAAAAAAAAAAAAAAAAAAAAAAAAAAAAAAAAAAAA